AUGGCAGUCAUCAACAUUGAAAUGAUCUUCGACAUCGUAUGCGCUUGGUGCUACAUCGGGAAACGCACCCUAGACAAAGCCAUCAGCAUACACCAAAGGACAUACCCAGGCGGCAAAAACGACAUCUUCAACAUAACCUUGCAGCCUUACUACCUGAAUUAUACCGUCGUUCAGUCACCAGAUCGAUCCCCCCGGGAUGUGGCAACAGCAGCAGCAGCAGCGCCAACAAUCGACAAACAAGAACUCGCAAAAACAAAACUGAAGCACAUGAGCGAGCAGCAAAAGAUAGCUCUGGAGCAGCGGAUGAAUCAAAUCGGAAGUUCUGUGGGCAUUCAUUUCAGAUCAGGAGGGAAGAUUGGAAGUACGCGAGCAGCCCAUCAUUUGAUUCAUCUUGCUCAAUUAAAUGACCAGAAAGGCAAUGGCCAAGGGGCCUCAAAUGCUAGUGUCGCUAAUGCCCUCGUUGCAAGAUUAUUUGAGGCUUAUCAUGAACUUGAGAUGGAUGUUUCUGAUCGAGAUGCACUGCGCAAGAUUGCAGUAGAUGAUGAUAUUGCACUUGAUUCGGAAGCUGUGGGUGAAUGUUUAGAUUUUUGUUUUGAUGCUUCUUCAUCUUCAUUUGCGUCAUCUGUUCUUGUAUCAGAUGAGAAUGGUGGGAAAGAAAGUAUUGUUGAUAGACGAGCUCGUGAAAAUCGUCUGCGGACGAAUACUAGUGUGCCGAUGUUCAUCAUCCAGGGCGAGUAUCGUAUUGAUGGUGCACAGGAUUUGAUGGAGUUUGUGGAGAUAUUCGGGAAGAUUAGGGAGAGUACUAAUUCGAUUUGA